CAGAGGAGGCAGCGAGCGGCGAGAUGGAAGUGGAGAAGCCCCCCCAAAAUGCUGAGCCACCAACGCUGCUGAAGACGUACAGAUGGCGAACGGCAGCAGCCGUGGGCGAGCGGGACCCCGAGCGGUGCAGUGCGACCCCGGGUGGUCGGCACUGGAGCCGGCUGCAGGGCUGGAAGCGUUCCUACAGCCAACCCGAGUCUGAGAGCCUCGACGACGGCGUUGGGAAGGGCAGCUCCAACCUGGGGGCACCCAAAGCCAGUGCCCGUCGGUCCCUCUUCCAAAGGGCGUUCUCGGCGCCCUCCAAGGUGGUCAAGGAGCCACGCAGCCCCGAGGGUGGCAAAGGCACCCUGCAGAAAUACCUGCGCUCCGUGUCCAAGAAGAAGGGAUACGUGGAGAACGGGGCCAGGGCUGAGAAGGGGUCCCACGAGGGCAUCCCAGCCCCAGAGAGCACCCACGGCGCCCGCUCCAUCCCAAUGCCUCCGGCACCCGAUGUCACAGUGUGGGACGUCUCCAACUUCUCACUGGUAGACAGACAGCUGAUCCACGUGGGUCGGGACGAGGAGACUUCAAGCAGGAGCAGGAACCGGACCGGGAGCUCUGAGAGCAGCAGCCCUCACCCAGUGGGUGGCAGGAGGGACACCGACACCGAGGAGAGGAGUGCGAGGGCAGUGGGGAAAGGCACCGACAGCGACGGCUCUACCACCUCGCAGUUCAGCAACGUGAAGGGACUGUUGUGGAAGCGACUGCGGGAGCGGAAAGGUCGCAUCGUGUCCAAAAAUGAGAGCUCAGUGGCGGUCGGCACAGAUGGAGAAAGAGCCCCGAGCCGCAGCGGCUCCCACGAGUCCCUGCUGCCAGCACCCAGCGCAGCCGAGCUGGACCUCAGCGGGGAGAAUGUCAUCGUGCGUCCUGUGCACGGCAGCAUCGUGGGCGAGAAAUUCUGCUUCCAGAUCAUCACAGGUGGGCACAGCCACUCCUUCGGGUGCAGCUCCUUGGCUGAACGCGACCGCUGGAUUGAGAACCUGCGCCGCACGGUGCAGCCCAACAAGGACAACUGCGAGCGCCUGGAGCUGGGGCUGAGCCUGUGGGUGUACGAGGCACGGGACCUGCCGCCCCGCCGCCGCCUGCGGUGUCACCUCCAGCUGGACGGCACGCUCUUCGCCCGCACCACCGCCAAAGCAGCCGGUCCCGACGGCGAGCUCUUUUGGGGCGAGCUCUUCCAGCUGGCCGCCCUCCCGCCCUCCCAAGCCCUCACCCUCUCGCUUUACCGUGACGAUCAGGGUCACCCCAGCCAGCCGGUGGCAUCUGUCACCGUCCCUUUGGCUGAGCUGGCGGCUGCCCGGCAGCCCUUGGAGCGCUGGUACCCGUUGAGCAGUCAUGGAGGCGACGAACGGGCGCCGGCGGUGCGGGUGCGCGGGAGGUACCGGGAGGUGAGGGUGCUGCCCAUCGUACGCUACAAGGAGCUGGCUGAGUUCAUCACCUUCCACUAUCGGGAGCUGUGCGCCUGCCUGGAGCCCACCAUCGCCGUGAGACACAAGGAGGAGCUCGCUGGCACCUUGGUGCGUGUCCUGCAGAGCACCGGGAAAGCCAAGGUAGAGCGGCUGGUGGCCGUG